AAUUCAUGAUUCAUGAUUGGGUUGAUCAUUUGGAGGACACCAAACAGCAGGUGGAACUUAGAGCUCGUGAUGAAAUUGCAAGUCAAUGUCCACUGAAGUCUUUCAAGUUCUUUAAAACCAAGAGGGUCUCCACCCAGGAACCUUAUAUGAAGACUGGGUCUGUCAAUACACGGACACCCUGGUGGGAUGGGAGUGUGAUAUAUGGGAAUAAUGACGAAGGGAUGGUAAGAGUGAGGACCUUCAAAGAUGGAAAGUUGAAAUUAGGAGGAGAUGGACUUCUUGAGCAUGAUGAGAAAGGGAUUCCCAUCUCAGGUGAUGUUAGGAAUUGCUGGGCAGGAUUUUCCCUCCUUCAAGCCUUGUUUGUCAAAGAACAUAAUACUGUCUGUGAUAUGCUUAAGGAACAUUAUCCCUACAUGGAUGAUGAGAAGUUGUAUCGACAUGCGAGACUAGUGACCUCAGCUGUGAUUGCCAAAAUCCACACUAUUGAUUGGACUGUGGAACUCCUAAAGACUGAUACUCUCAUGGCAGGCAUGAGGAUCAAUUGGUAUGGAUUUAUGGGGAAGAAGUUUAAGGAUACAUUUGGACAUAUAUUAGGUCCUGUGUUAAGUGGGUUAGUUGGCCUAAAGAAGCCGAGAGACCAUGGAGUUCCAUAUUCACUUACUGAAGAGUUUGUUAGUGUUUACAGAAUGCAUUCACUGUUACCUGAUAACUUCAUUAUUCGCGAUAUUAAAUCCACGAAUUCAGAGUACAAAUGUGAAUAUGAAUAUCCUCCAAUACAAGAAGAGGUGCCGAUGAAGGAAUUAAUAGGAAAAGAAGGAGAGAAGAGAUUGUCAAAAAUUGGAAUGGAGCAAAUGUUAGUGUCAAUGGGUCAUCAGGCUUGUGGAGCUCUUACCUUAUGGAACUUCCCAACAUGGAUGAGGAACCUUGUUGCUCAUGAUGUUAAUGGAGAAGAUAGAUCAACCCUAGUUGACAUGGCUGCCAUGGAAAUCUAUCGGGAUCGGGAGAGAAGAGUGUCUCGAUUUAAUGAAUUCAGACGAAAUCUGUUAAUGAUUCCUAUCAACAAAUGGGAAGAUUUAACAGACGAUAAAGAAAUUAUUGAUGCUUUACAUGAAGUGUACGGAGAUGAUGUUGAGAAGCUAGAUUUACAAAUAGGGUUACAUGCUGAGAAGAAGAUCGAAGGCUUUGCCAUUAGUGAAACUGCCUUCUUCAUCUUCCUACUCAUUGCAUCAAGGAGAUUGGAAGCCGAUAGAUUUUUUACGACGAAUUUUAAUGCGAAAACCUACACGGAGAAAGGGUUAGAGUGGGUUAACAAGACGGAGAACUUGAAGGAUGUUAUUGACAGACACUUUCCCAAAAUGACAAACAAAUGGAUGAGAUGUUCAAGUGCAUUUUCUGUGUGGGAUUCGCAGCCUCAGAAAACCAACUAUAUCCCUCUCUAUUUAAGGCCAGCUACUUAAUAUAUAUAUAUAUACACACACACACACACAAAUAAAUGUAAUUACAUGAGAUAUACAAGUUUGAUUCGUACAUGUUUGAGAUCAACUUGUAUAUGAAAUAUCUAGAUUAUAUAAGGACAAUAUUGCAAAUAAAUAUGUACGUAUCACUGAUGCAAUAAAUGUAAAAUCCUUCGCACUA